UUAUGUAUGAAUGCUAUUUAAGCAUAGAGAUUUGAGUGAUAUAUAUAGCUUUCUUUAGUGCUUCUUUUUCCAUAUAAAAAUAUAGGUUUAAGAAUUUGAAAUUAAAAUUCUUUAAGGAAAAAAAAAGGUUUCAGAAAAAUGAAUGGAAAGUCAUCAAUAGCUCCUAUUGCCAAGAGGUUGAAAGGGAAGGUAGCCAUCAUAACCGGAGGAGCAGGCGGCUUCGGAGAGGCCACAGCUAGACUCUUUUUCCAACAAGGUGCCAAAGUCAUAAUCGCCGACGUGCAAGACGAAAAAGGCGUAGCCUUAUGUAACGAAAUAAUGGCUUCUAGUACCAUGGCCAAUGGGCACUAUGACAUUAAUAACAAUGGUCACGUAGGAGAUAUUAUCUCCUACGUGCAUUGUAACAUCUCUGAUGAAACCGAUAUGAAAAACCUAAUCGAUCUCACUAUCUCCAAGUAUGGAAAACUCGACAUCAUGUUCAAUAAUGCAGGCAUUUCAGGAGAUUUAGACUCUACUAUAUUAGGCACAACUAAUGAAAAUUUUAAAAAAGUGUUUGAUGUUAAUGUGUAUGGAGGUUUCUUAGGGGCUAAGCAUGCUGCUAGGGUUAUGAUUCCUAGGAAAUCCGGUGUUAUUCUCUUCACCGCGAGCUUGGCAUCAGUGAUAGGAGGCCAAUCACCCCAUGCCUACACAAUGUCUAAGCACGCGAUUAUAGGUUUGAUGAAAAACUUGUGUGUGGAAUUAGGGCAACAUGGCAUAAGGGUGAAUGCUAUUUCCCCGGGUGGUGUUGCUACACCGAUAUUAGUCGAUGCGUUAGGGGUGGAUAAGAAGACGGUCGAUGAGUUGUUGUGUGAAGCUACGGUGCUUAAAGGUGUGACGCCGGAUGUUGAGGAUGUUGCUAAUGCCGCGUUGUAUUUGGCAAGCGACGAGUCUAAGUUUGUGAGCGGUGUUAAUUUCAUGAUUGAUGGUGGUUCUGGCAUUACUAACCCAUCCUUCUCCUUUGUACUACAAAAUUUUCUUGCAUCACAAGGUUAUACUUCUUGAGUGGGGUUUGCAAGACUUAGUUGUGGUCCUCUCAAAAAAACAUACAAAGUAAACGAGAUAAUUAAUCACCUCCAAA